AUGGAUGGUCUUGUGGUUGAUGGUGCAAAAUCAGUUUUUAAGUUCAUCUGUUCAAGAAUAAUAACUGUUUCCAAAUAUGAAGAAAACGUUGUUGAACUCCGGGAAGAGUAUGCAAACCUCACAACCAAAAAGAUGGCAAUUGAAGAAGAUGUCACCUUGGCGAAACUGGAAGAGAAAGUUCCAAAACCACAAGUAUAUGAAUGGUUGAGCAAGGUUUCUCGAGCAGAAGAUGAUGUAAGGUCAGUGCUAGAGACGGCUGAUCAAUAUGCUAAUGGCCGGGACUCCAAAAUGAUGCAUCGCUGGGCAGUGGCAAAGAAACUCAAUGCGGUAAGAGAACUAAAUUCUGUUAGUUUUGAUUCAGUCGCCCCUGAAAGAAGCUCUCCAAUGAAAGCCGUGGUGGAAAUGGCAGUGCCACCACUUGUCGGACAGGGGCCAGCAUCCGAUUUGAAGCAGCUUUUGGAAAUCCUGAACAGGGAUGAUGUAAGAAGGAUUGCUGUUUGGGGGAAGGGUGGCAUAGGGAAGACAACUUUGGUCAAGAACUUGAACAAUGAGCUGCGUGUUUCCUCCCAAAAUUCGUUUGAUAUUGUCAUCUGGGUUCAAGGUUCCAGUUCAGUGGAUUUGAACACAAUUCAGUCUCAGAUUGCCAAGAGAAUUCAUCUAAAAGUGGACCCAGGUGACACCACUCACGUCAUAGCUAGCAGAAUUCUUCGAAGACUGAAGCUGAGAAGGAAGACCCUCCUGAUUCUUGAUGACGUCUGGGAAAAGAUUGAUCUCGAUGCUGUGGGUGUUCCAUCAUGGGAUCCCUGCUGUACGAUUCUUUUAACUACUCGAUCUCGUGAAGUUUGCAGGGACAUGGCUGUUGAUGUUCCUUUUCAGUUAAAUCUUAUGAAUGAAGAAGAUGCUUGGAAUCUUUUCGUUCAAAGUGCUGGACCAGUACUUGAUUCAAACUGUAUAGAAUCUGCGGCAAGGAAAAUUGUUGCGGGUUUCAAUGGGUUACCAUUGGCAAUCAAGACUCUUGGAAACUCAAUGAGGGACAGACCUCAGAUCCAGUUGUGGCAAAACGCGCAUCUUAUGUGGCGAUGCUCAUCACCCUUGUUCAAGAACAUUGAGAAAGAGAUAUUUGGGACUCUAGCAACAAGUUAUUACUCAUUACCACGUAAGAUUCUAAAGCAAUGCUUUCUGUUUUGUUCUUUAUACCCAGCAAGCUGUUCAAUAGAUGUUGGUGAACUAAUCCAAUGUUGGGUAUCUGAUGGUUUAAUCAAUGAAAACCAAAGUGUCGAGAAGGCAUACUAUGAUGGGGUUGCUUCGGUUGAAUACCUGAAGGACUCGUGCCUACUGGAUCAUGACUCAGAAGGAACCGUGAAGAUGCAUGACAUAUUUCGUGACUUAGCCAUUCUUCUGUCUCAGAGUCAAGAACUGUCGUAUGGGUUUCACACUCAAUCCGACCAUCCAUUUUAUCAGAUGCCAAACAAGUUUUCCAAAAGAGUUUCUUUCGUACGUUGCGGGAUCAAAAAGCUGCCAGAAUUUCCUGUGUAUUCCCAGCUGACUGUCCUUUUUCUCCAAGGCAAUCCUAUACAGAAAAUCCCAGAUGGGUUCUUUUACAAUCUUAUCUCUUUAAGGGUACUGAAUUUAAGCGAUACUCGAAUUACUUCUUUGCCCCAAUCUUUUCUGUGCCUUUGUGAACUGCGUUCUCUCUUUCUUAGAAACUGUUCUAUAAAAAACCUCCCUUCUCUUGACUCUCUUUGUAAACUCUUAGUUCUUGACCUUUCUAGCACCCGAAUAAAAGCUCUUCCUAAAGGGUUUGGAUGUUUACAUAGUUUAAGACAGCUAAACUUGUCAGGCACACCCGUUUUGAAUAAAAUAGUAGCUGGAAGCAUAUCAGGGCUAUCAAGUCUUGAAACUCUAGAUAUGUCUUUUAGUUCUUAUAACUGGAACCCAAAGACGGAUGCAGAUCAAAAAGCAACAUUUGAUGAGUUAUUAUCACUGGAACACCUAUCAGUCCUUCAAAUAAGACUGGACUCGGUUAAGUGUCUUGAAUCUGCAUCUUUCUGGCUUAAGAAAUUAACAAGAUUCAACAUCCAGAUUAGCCCAUGGAGCCAUGACUCAAACCAUCACGUUCUCAAACACAAUGAAAAACGAUUGGUUCUUAGAGGAGUUGAUCUCCUGCAAGAAGACCUUCGAGAUCUUCUACACAACACAAGUUCUCUGUCUGUGUUAACGUGUGUAGGCAUGAAUCGGAGACACUUGCUUAGCCUAUCAUCUUUGAUAUCACUUACUAUAUCAAAUUGCAAUGAUAUAACACGUUUAAUAAGCAAGGAAAGAAGUUCCAAGGAAAUGUUUCCAAAUCUGCAGCACUUGGUUCUCGAUCAUUUGCGAAGUUUAGAGACAAUUGUUGAGGGGAUCAUCCCAAGAGGCAAAUGCCUAAAGAAUCUGACAACAAUUCAAGUUUUGGAUUGCCCAAUGUUAAAAGGAGUGGUAUCUUAUUCAAUGCUUCGUCAUGUGAAAAAACUUGAAGAAAUUAAGGUAAGUGGUUGUGAAAAUAUGUCUUGCAUCAUCGAAUCUGGCGAGCAUACAGAAACUCUGCCUAAUUUAAGGGUGUUAGAGAUAAGCAACAUGGUCAACUUGAGGUCUAUCUGUGUUGGUACAUCAGUUUGCCCAGUGUUGCAGCAGAUUAAAGUUUUUCAUUGCUCCCGGUUAAAGAAUCUUCCUCUAUCAAUCUCCAAAGCCUGCAGCCUGAAAAAGAUUGAAGGUGAUAUUAAGUGGUGGAAUAGUUUAAUAUGGGAUGAUGAUGAAAUAAAGAACUUCUUUCAGCAACACUUUCAAUCAUGCCCUGGGGAGAACUGCACAAGAAAGAGAAAAUACAAGUAA